UCCACCAGGCAUGGCACUGGGCUCUACCUCAUGAUGGCAGCCGGGCAACACAACACCCUCAACUUCCAGCUCUGUGUGAAAGCAGAUGGAGAUGCCAUUCUUAAAGGUCUACAGUCUGUUUUUGAAGAGCAGGCAAUGAUAGAAACAAUUCACACUUGGGGAGAUCAUGGAUAUUUAGCAACCUACAUUAAUCAAAAUGGCAGUUUUGCCAGUCUGAAAAUUUCCCCACAUGGAUUGGUGUUGAUGGAUGUACAGAGUUACAACAAUGAUUUGAAAGGAAAAGAAGAAAGUGACCAUCUACUAAACAAACUAGAAGAAAGAAUGAAAGAACUAUGUCAAGGCAAUAUUGGAAGGUUAAAACGAUUGCCAGCUCUUGUACGAGGAGGCAAGAUUGAUAAGUAUUGGCCUACAGCUGAUGGACGCCUAGUGGAAUAUGACAUAGAUGAAGUUGUAUAUGAUGAAGAUUCACCUUAUCAGAACAUUAAAAUUCUGCAUCCAAAGCAGUUUGGAAAUAUCCUUAUCCUCAGUGGGGAUGUCAAUUUGGCAGAGAGUGACUGGGCAUAUACACAAGCCAUAAUGGGCAGUGGGAAGGAAGAUUACACUGACAAAGAAGUGCUGAUUCUGGGCAGUGGGGACGGGGGUAUAUUAUAUGAAAUAGUCAAAUUGAAACCAAAGAUGGUCACUAUGGUAGAGAUUGACCAAAUGGUGAUUGACAGGUAUAAGAAAUACAUGUGUAAAACAUGCGGAGAUGUCUUAGACAAUCUUAAAGGAGAGUGCUAUCAACUGGUUCUAAUAGAAGACUGUAUUCCAGUAUUGAAGAGGUACGCCAAAGAAGGGAGAAUGUUUGAUUAUGUGAUUGAUGAUCUGACAGCUGUUCCGAUCUCCACAUCUCCAGAAGAAGAUUCUACGUGGGAAUUUCUCAGACUGAUCCUUGACCUUUCAAUGAAAGUAUUGAAACGAAAAUACUUUACACAGGGGAACUGUAUCAAUUUGACUGAAGCCUUGACUCUCGAUGAAGAACAACUUAGCCGGCUUUAUUGUCCUGUGGAAUUCUCAAAGGAAAUUGUAUGUGUUCCCUCAUACAUGGAAUUGUGGAUAUUUUACACUGUUUGGAAGAAAACUGAAUUUUGA